UAGCUUUCGCGUCAGCCGCACGCGAGUGUUGCAUCGCGAUCGAGUAGUGUGCAUGCGUUUUAAUUCGAACUUAUUAAACGAGUGAUUUUUUCCCGCACUAUAAGGUUUUUGCUGGCAGGUCGUCGGACAACCAACGAUGCAGAACUUCAUAAGAUCGGCAACCCUGCUGCUCGCAGUAGCAGCAACCUGCGCCGCGCCCGCAUCCCCAGCCGACGACAACCUCACCUUAGACAGGAAAGAACCAACCACACACGAGCUGCUCAGCUCCCUCGGUCUCAAGAAGCUCAGAAUACCAGCCGCGCAUCACAGGAAACGCUUAGCCGAACAGGGCAGACGACACGCCACCGGCGACUCGAGGAUGUACGUCAUCAAACUACCACCGAACAUGAACUACUACAGUCACCCCGACCCGGCUCCCGCGUCAGCGAGAACUCUACCCCUACAGAUGAAAAGCAACGGCAAGCCAGCUCGAGUAUAUCACUGGAACCUCCCUGUCAUACAGAAACUAGCGAAAAACCGGCCUCAAGCGAGAUUCGACGACGAUGUGGUGAACGUGGAAAGUACUCCCACAUGGCCGAAACAUCCGAAUUCGAUCGACGCAUUGGCAUAUUAUGUGCCCUCCAAAAAGACCUCCUUCAGGAAAUAUUAUUCUGGCAACGGGAAACCUAAGUCGUUCUACGUGAUCGAAAAGGACAAGAGUUCCGCUGAAUACCAUAGGUUACUGCCAUAAUUCGACCUCUUAAUUAAUAAUUAAUUUAAUGUGUUAAGUAAUAAGAAAAUAAGAAAAAUGUUUUUGCAAUUGCCAGUGAAAUCAUUCUUUGAAUAAAAUUUUGAUCGGAAUAAUGUUUUUGCAAUUUUUUAAUUUUGAUCUCAGCUGCAUGCCUGUCAUGUGAUCAAAUCUAGAGUUAUUUCCCUGAAUGCUAAAAUAGUAGUAUUUUUUUGGAUUUUUGAAAUGAAAACUUCUUUAGCAGCAUUGGCACGGCGGUUUUGGAAAAAAAUUCAAUAUCGCAUAUAAGGCUACUUAAUUUUUUUUUAAUCAGCGCUACCCUAUUCGUCUAUAAAAUACUCUACCUACAUAUCUUAAAAAUAAUUCCCUGAAUAAAAAAUGUAUACUUACUCACUGCUGACUUUUUAAAUAACUAUGCAAAAAUCAAUAAAAGAAAGCUGUUACGAAUGUAGUUUAUUGUACUUACUAUUAUUAACUAACAAUAAUCAUAAUAAACAGUAUAAUUGGCAUUCAACUAUUCUUAAAAUGUUAUUCCAUUCGAAGAACAGACCUACUUAAUUUUAUUCAUAUAAGUAAAUACAUAAAAAAUAAAAUAGCUAAGUAAUUUUAUUGUGAAAAGCCCUUCGUAAUAAUUAUUAAACAACUAUGGAGAGUCCACUCCUGUAAAUAAAUGCUAUGCUUAGUUAGGUUAAGUAAUCGAUAGGUGCUUAGAUAUUUUAUUAAGACUGCGUCACGAAUUUAAAUUAUUAUCUAGAGUUAAGGACAUGAUGCCACAAAUACGACAAGAAUUAAUAUUCGUGUAUUCGACACGUAUUUCCAGAAUGGAGACAAGAAAUUUCCAAUUACCGAUUCCCUACCAAAAACUAGGUAGGAUUACCUACCUAGGAUUUCGUAUAAAAAUUUUAAUUGGCAGGAUUUAAAGUUAGAAUUAAUUUUACUGCUUACUAAAUUAUUAUAAUCGAUCGAUAUAAUUUUUAACUAGGUAUUUUUAAAUUUCUAGUUUGUGUCGAUCGUAGUUUCGAAAGUUUCUAGAGCUGUUAUUGCGAUUAUGGUCCGAAAACUCAUUUUGAUAGAUGGAUACCUACUGUUUUUACUAAUCAUCUCUGAAAACAUUUUUUGGAAAUUAAUUCUCGUCGCAUGUCUCUGUUUUGGAAAACUGAGGCUCUGAAAUGCAUUUACUUAACUGGUCAAAUUAGUGUUUAAAUAAUAACUUGUUAUAGAUUUUGAUACAAGCUUUUAUGUAAUUUGAGCGUACCUAGGUCUUGCAGACAGUUAAUGCUGAGAUAGCGGCUCGAAAAAGUCAUGUAAUCAUACUUCAAUAUUAUUUAGUAGUAAGUAAUAUUUUGUAAUUUCUUUAGACUUUACAAUGUAAAUGUACCUACAUACUUGUACAACAUUUUAAUAA